UUGUCUUGUCAGUGGGUUAGUUAUUUUAUUUGAGGUUGUCAGUCAGUGAUAUCCAGUCAACAAGCCAGUGUAGUGAAUUGCCGUUAUCGUUUUCUUUUGCCAAUUUGCUCUAGACUAUUCCCAUCGUGUGGUAUUUAAACGAAAUACUUUGUGUUAAUAGUUUUAUACAUGCUGCUCAAUUAGCUUCGUAGAGCACAUUAGUGUGUUCCGAAUCUACAUCUAAGGAUAACAAUGGACGUGGAUACAGGAGGUCGACGCUCGCACUCCGGCUCUCGCAGCCGCAGUCCCUCGGCGGGCUCAGUGUCCAGGAUGUCGCACGAUGGCUCCACGCAUUCGAGGCGCAACUCCAGGUCGACGUCCCGCUCCAAGUCGCGCUCCCGCUCCAAGUCUAGAUCACGCUCCGCUCACUCGCGCUCCAAGUCUCGUUCGCGUUCCAAGUCUCAGUCGCGUUCUAAGUCUCGCUCGCGAUCCAAAUCUCGUUCUCGCUCGCGUUCUAAAUCUCAUUCUCGCUCGCGUUCCAAAUCUCACUCUCGCUCGCGUUCCAAGUCCCGAUCGCGUUCCAAGUCUCGGUCCCGAUCCAAAUCUCGGUCCCGUUCGAAAUCUCGGUCCCGCUCCAAGUCCCGGUCUCGAUCUAAGUCCAGGUCUCGUUCAAAGUCAAGCACACGGUCCCACAGCGGCUCCCGCAAGUCGCGGUCUCGGUCGCGCAGCGGGUCCCCGGCGCAAGGCAUGGAGGUGGAUACAGAAACUCGCCGCUCCCGCUCCCGCUCUCGAUCCGGCUCGCGACAUUCAAAAUCCAAGUCCCGGUCAAGAUCACGAUCCAAAUCUCGUUCCAGAUCGAAAUCACCUGAUGGAGCGCGUAAGAGCAGGAGUCGCUCAAGGUCCGGGUCUGGCGCCCGCAAGGCUGGCUCGCGGUCGCGAUCUGGUUCUCGCUCCAAGUCGAGGUCUCGCUCCAGGUCACGCUCCGGUUCACGCUCCAAAUCCCGCUCUCGCUCCAAGUCCCGCUCCCGUUCCAAGUCUCGGUCGCGCUCUCGCUCCAAAUCCCGCUCCCGCUCCAAAUCCGGUUCCCGCUCCAAGUCCAACUCCCGCUCGAAGUCCCGGUCCCGCUCCAAGUCGCGGUCCAAGUCCCGGUCCCGCUCCCGGUCGGGCUCCGCGUCGAGCGCGGGGUCCCGGCGCGGGCACAAGCGGCGCGCCGUGCGCCUGCAGUCGGACGACGAGGGCGCGGCGCCCGCCUCGCCCGCCGAGCCCGGCCCGGCCGCCGCCCGGCCCGACGCCGCGCCCGCCGCCGACUCGUCCGACGACGAGCUGGAGCCCGACCUGAAGUCGGCCGACAUGGCGGCCGGCAUGUCCGACUUCGAGCUGAUGCUGGCGCGCAAGCGGGAGGAGCGGCGCGGCCGGCGGCGGCGGCGGGACAUCGACAUCAUCAACGACAACGACGACCUCAUCGCGCAGCUGCUGCAGCAGAUGCGCGCCGCCGCCGACGAGGACCGCGACCUCAACAAGCGCAACCAGCCCGCCGUGCGCAAGGUGUCCAUGCUCAAGGCCGCCAUGUCGCAGCUCAUCAAGAAGGACCUGCAGCUCGCCUUCCUCGAGCACAACGUGCUCAACGUGCUCUGCGACUGGCUCGCGCCCAUGCCCAACCGCGCCCUGCCCUGUCUGCUCAUCCGGGAGAGCAUCCUCAAGCUGCUCAUGGACUUCCCGUCGAUAGACAAGUCGCUGCUGAAGCAGUCCGGCAUCGGCAAGGCCGUGAUGUACCUGUACAAGCACCCCAAGGAGACCAAGGCCAACCGCGAGCGCGCCGGCCGCCUCAUCUCGGAGUGGGCGCGGCCCAUCUUCAACCUGUCCACGGACUUCAAGGCCAUGACGCGCGAGGAGCGGCAGGCGCGCGACGAGGCCAUGGCGGGGUCGCGGCGGCGCGCGCCGUCCCCGCCCAGCAAGCGCGCGCGCGAGGAGCCGGCGCGGCCCGCGCGGCCCGGCGCGCCCGGCUGGGUGGCGCGCGCGCGCGUGCCCGCGCCCUCCUCCAAGGACUACGUGUACCGCCCCAAGUCCACCUGCGAGCUCGACAUGUCGCGGACCACCAAGAAGAAGAUGACGCGCUACGAGAAGCAGAUGAAGCGGUUCAUGGACCAGAAGCGCAUGAAGAGCGGGUCCCGCCGCGCCGUCGAGAUCUCCAUCGAGGGCCGCAAGAUGGCGCUGUAAUGUGAUGUUUUCUUUAAGUCAUAGUGUUUAAGUUGAUAAGUUUACUUACUAUUACGGAACUGAAUAAAUUAUGUGACGAA